AUGACGCAAAAUGGCAAGAGUUCCUUAACUCAGCAAAUCUUGAAAUACGCCAACGAGGACGAGAUGGCCCGCCGAGUGGCAAUUGGUCAAGGCAACAUCGCUCAAACCCAAACGUGCUCUCAGUACGAUGUCGACAUUCCUUUGAAAACCCACAGUCUCCGGCAAAUUAAUGGCCCUGAACAUAUGCAGGAGUAUGACCGUACUUAUGUCACGCCGGGUCAAGACUUCGAGUUCGACGACGCCGACGAGUUCACAUUUGGACACGAUGUAGAGGAUUCUGGUGAGCUCCUGUUUCUGCGGCUGAUCGACACGCCUGGAUUGAGUGACUCGGGAAAUACUAAAGCCUCAAACUCGGGAUUACGAGUCAUUGAUGAGCGUCACAAACUCAGAAUCCUCCUCACCCUUCAGGAAGUUGAACAGGAUUUGGUGCGGAGGAUGGUUUCGCUACUGACCUUCUCGGUUCGAUCUACCACGUGGAAUCUGCAAUACCACAUCAUCCAUACCAACAUCGAUGUCGACGAUAGAGCAAGUGAUACAUGCCAGAUCAGGCAACGGGAGUUUGAUCAAUUCGGCCCAGCGGGUGCUAUUCACCACUUUGUUGACAACACGCCACUCGUGGACUUUCCGCUAGAUGUUUAUUUCUCGAGCCAGUCUCUAUCAAGAUUGUUCAAAUCGUUAGCUACUACAACGCCGGUAAACUUCUCGAACCUCUAUUAUGCCAAGUCCUCCGAGCAUGUGUGCAACGACCAAGCAUUGACAAGCUCAGUCGAGCGCGCCAAGGCUCACCUUACUGAGGAAAUCGAAGACUGCCGCGAACAGAUCGCGGAAUUGAAAAAAGACAUUAAACGCUGCAAUUCAAUCGCUGCUCUAAAUCUGAAACGCGUGGACGGAUACAAAGAAAAGAUUUCAGAGAUCGACUGUAACUUGCACAGUGAGAUCGAUGGAGGUCAUGAAGAGGGCUGGACCGAAAAGAACGUGGCUGGAGGAGGUUGGCGAGUCUUCUCCUUCAAUACAACGGUCCCUAUUGCGCGCGUUGAAAAGUCUCACGAUGGGGACGGUGACUGGGAAUCGGAAGAGCAAACAUCAGCAUAUUACCAAGUCACAUUACAACCCCACUGGCUCUACAAAGCUUACGGCAAAAUCACACUCUAUGCUAAGAAGAAAGACAAACACAAAGCCAAGAUAGAGUCGUUGAACUGUCAGAUGACGCCAGUGAGGAAGAGGUGGCAGGAAAAUGUGGACGGAGCCACUGAAGCAGCGUCGGAAGUUUCGAGGCUGGAAAACCAAAUCAACGACAGGGAGGCAAAUAUAAGAGCUCUCUCUCACGAUUUGAGUGUGAUACAACAGUCUGGUCGUUCAAUCUCCCUGGCCAAAUACCAGAAACUAGUCAAGUACUUUACUGUUGAUAGUCCACUUGCGACAGCCUUUGGAUACAAGCUCAAUGCCAAGGUGGCUUGGACAGUGUCACCACUGGACAAAUUCUCAAGAGACACAUCGAAGUUAAGGAUGGAGAGAGAAAUCGCAGAAAGAAAAGCGAGAAUCACCGAACAAAAGACUGCCCUCGUGGUGCUGUCGAUCCAGCUCAGCAUCGCCAGGGGUGUCAGAGACGUCAUGGCUCAGUUGAAGAACCAACCCCUCGGGUUAGCGAGGCUACAAUCAGCCAUCAUUAUGCUGAAUAUCUGGAAGACCAGGUCUGAAAAGGCCGGUGUGGAGCGCCUGCCGGAACUCGUCCGCAAGCUUGAAAACCUUGAAGCAGAUGCGGACCGUAUCUCGUGGCCCUUUGCGGCAGAUCGACCUGGUGAUGAUGAUCUAAUGAAAGAACUCGAAGAGUUUAGCGAUAAGGUGAGGGGCCUUGAACAGGAUCUGGCUACAAGAAAUGACGCCAUGUUCAAAGAACUACGGCGGGCAAUUUGGGAGCAUAAAGCUGCUCAAGUAGCAAGUGAGUACUUGAAUAUGGAUGACGGGCUGCCAGUUGGCGCCUUUGCGUCUCUCACUAGGGCAGCAGCACAAGGUACACAGGAGCCAUUUCUCGCAGUAUAUUCCGAGCUGAAGGACAUCUUAGAGUUGAGGGAGAUGGCGCUUGAUGAGUGA